AUUUCAUAAUUGAGAAUUAAAGAGACAUCUGGUGUGUAUUGACGUAUUAGAAAAGCAAGUGUGUCCUACAAUUUUGUGUCAAUAUCUAACGUGUUACCUCGGUCAUUUGUAUUUCGACUAACUUAGUGUGAGGAUACGUCGAUAUCGUAUGGGCUUUUCUAUAUUCUUGAGCUAUUCAAAGAAUAUGUGUAUUUGAUAUUAUCAAAGUUACAUAUAUUAAUAUGGCGAAUUUUGCAAAAGCUCAACUUCUAAAAUAUGGUUGGACGGAAGGAAAAGGACUAGGUAAAAAUGAAAAUGGAAUAACGGAAGCUUUGAAGCCAAAAUUAAAAUUUAAUAGCGAAGGAGUAGGAUACAAACCAUCAGAAGAAGUUCACUGGUGGCAAUCUGCGUUUAAUAAUGCUGCCAAAAAUGUUUUGAUCACUUCAGAAAAUGACGAAGUUUCUAUCUCGGUUAUCGAUCGAAAUACAACUUUAAGAAAUUUAAAAGCAAAACAAUCAAGACAAGAACAAUAUAAUAAUUUUCGCAAACUUAAUGUGCUUCAAGAUGAAAAAUUAAUUACAUUAGAAAAAACUAACCAAGAAAAAGAGGAAGAAAAAGAGUCCAUUAAGAAAAUUCCAAUAUUAACAGAUGAAGAACUUUUUAAAGCCUGUGGAGGUAGAACUCUACAUAAAGGAGCUCGUCAUGGUGUAGGCAUGAAUGGGAAAUUGGAAAGAGUUGCCAAUCAAGAAAAAAAAUUAAUGCAUCUUAUGAACCACUUAGCUCGUAAAAGAGCAGCUAAAGCUAGAUUAGAAAUGGAAGAAAUAUUUGCUAAGAGUGGACAUAAAGUAGAUAGUAAUAAUGCAAAUGCAACAUUGACAACUGCAGAUGUAUCCUCUAGUAAAGAAAAUGGUUUUAUAAAAUCUAAAGCCACAAUCAAGAAAGAAAAAAAAAAUAUACAACAUUUAACACGCUUAUUAACUAUUUCCUGUAAUAUAAAUGAUAAUAACAGUAGUAGUAGUAGUUCACAUGCACUCAAAAGUGAAAAAAGCUCUUGCCGAAAACGCAAGAGAAGUAAAGAUAGAAGAGCAAAAGUUGAUCAUGGAAUUACUAAUGACAAUAUUUUUGAAACUAUAACAUCAGGAAAAGUUUAUGAUAUACCACUUCCUGCAAAUUCAUUAUUAGAAAAAAAGAAUAAAAAACACAAAAGACAUCAUAAACAAAAUAUUGUAAAAGAAAGUAGCAGUAGUGGUUCAUAUAAAGAAAGUCGUUGUUGUGAUUCUAAACACAAUAGUUCAUUAAAAUCAAAAACAAAAAAAAGUAAACAUCAAGAAGAUAGUGAUAUUAAUAUUAAAAGUCCACAUGGUUCUGCAGUAAAAAAAUUAAAAUACCACAACAGAAAGAUUAUAAAAUUAAUGGAAAGGAUGAGUUUUGAUAAUUCCAAUGAUGAACAUAAAAAAAAUGAAGAAGAUAAUUCUAAUGCAAAUGUAACUAAAUCACAACAUGUAUUUUGUAAUCAUGAAGCAUCCAGAUUAAAUCUACGAAUAUUAAAAAAAAAGAAACAUCGUCUUCAUAAGAAAAAUAAAGAAAAACUGAACUUGGAGAGACGUAUAACUUCAAUUCAAUCACAAGAUAAAUUAAGUUGUAUAGCAGAGAAUUUGAUGGCCAUUAAUAUUACAGAAGAUGUUAGUGCAAAAUUAAAAAGAUGUAAACAAGGAAAAGAAGAAAAUAAAAUUGAAAAAACAAAUGAUAAUGAAGAUAGAACUUGCAUAUAAAUUCAUAAUAUUCUCAUAAUAAAAAUGUAGUACAAUAAUAUCAUUGAAAAACAUUUGCUACUAAAAGUGACAUUAGUUGAAUUAAGUGAUGUAAAAAAAGGUGUGUUACAAUUGUCUAGACAAUUUAAAUAAGUGAGUUCAAGCAUGUAUAGAAAUACUAUACAUGAAUUGAAAAUAAUAAUAAACAUUAUUAGUGAUUAUUAAAGCAAAAAAUGAGUAAGUGCAUUUAGGUAAAAUAGUUAUGAAAUAUCAUUAUAGUUUACAAUCGUUUAUUAUCAAAUUUGAUAAUUUUGAUGUAACAAUGAUGUUAUCUUUCAUCUCAAUAACUUUUUAUAAAAAUAUAUCUGUAUUCUGUAAGAUUAUA